GGAGCGCGCCCGGGAGUGCGCAGGGCGGCGGCGCGGGCGCGGAGGCGCGCGGUCACCGUUGGCGCCGAGGGGAGGAGGCAGCGCACCCGCCGCCGUUGCGCAGAUCCGGGCCGCGGCAGUGGGGAGGGCGUCGGGGCCGGUGACCUUCCGGAGGCGGGAGCGAGCCAGGGGCCCGGGACGCCGAGGGCCGCCGCCGUCGCCAUGAACAACUCAGGCGCGGACGAGAUCGGGAAGCUCUUCGUGGGCGGCCUGGACUGGAGCACCACCCAAGAGACUCUCCGCAGCUACUUUUCCCAAUAUGGAGAAGUUGUGGACUGUGUGAUCAUGAAAGAUAAAACCACCAACCAGUCUCGAGGCUUUGGGUUUGUCAAAUUUAAAGACCCAAACUGUGUGGGGACGGUGCUGGCCAGCAGGCCACACACACUGGACGGCCGAAACAUCGACCCGAAGCCGUGCACGCCUCGGGGGAUGCAGCCAGAGAGGACACGGCCCAAGGAAGGAUGGCAGAAAGGACCCAGGAGUGACAACAGUAAAUCAAAUAAGAUAUUUGUCGGUGGGAUUCCUCACAACUGCGGUGAGACGGAGCUCAGGGAGUACUUCAAGAAAUUCGGAGUGGUCACAGAAGUGGUCAUGAUCUACGAUGCGGAGAAGCAGAGGCCUCGAGGUUUUGGAUUUAUUACUUUCGAGGACGAACAAUCAGUGGACCAGGCUGUCAACAUGCAUUUUCACGACAUCAUGGGCAAAAAAGUGGAAGUUAAACGGGCUGAACCUCGGGACAGCAAAAGCCAAGCACCAGGACAGCCAGGUGCCAGCCAGUGGGGCAGCCGGGUCGUGCCCAGUGCUGCCAAUGGCUGGGCAGGCCAGCCCCCUCCCACCUGGCAGCAGGGUUACGGCCCGCAAGGAAUGUGGGUGCCAGCAGGACAGGCAAUUGGAGGCUACGGACCACCCCCUGCGGGAAGAGGAGCUCCCCCGCCGCCCCCACCGUUCGCCUCCUACAUCGUGUCCACGCCUCCUGGAGGGUUCCCGCCGCCGCAGGGCUUCCCCCAGGGCUACGGCGCCCCUCCACAAUUCAGUUUUGGCUAUGGGCCUCCGCCUCCCCCACCGGAUCAGUUUGCUCCUCCGGGGGUCCCUCCUCCACCGGCCACUCCAGGGGCUGCACCUCUGGCCUUCCCCCCGCCUCCGUCUCAGGCCGCCCCAGACAUGAGCAAAGCCCCGACUGCCCAGCCAGACUUCCCCUAUAGCCAGUAUGGUUACGGACAGGACUUGGCCGGCUUCGGACAGAGCUUCUCAGACCCCAGCCAGCAGCCCCCCUCCUACGGGGGUCCUGCAGUUCCAGGUUCGGGCGGGCCCCCCGCCGGUGGAAGUGGCUUUGGACGAGGUCAGAACCACAACGUGCAAGGAUUCCACCCCUACCGACGCUAGCCAGCUGGCGCCCGUGCACGGCAGGUCACCGAGACCCAGAAUUCGAGACUUGUGAACUCGUGACAAUCACAGACUUGGCGGGAAAAGAGCAACUCCACCUCGGGGGGUGGGUGAGAGGCUUUUGGAAGCGGCUGUGGGUGUCUGGACUGAAGUUUUUAAAUAUAUUUCUUUCUCUAACCCAUCAGCACAAUAAAAAGAAGUCACUGGUUCAACAACAGGGUUAAAAACAUCUUUCAGCUUUAAUUCAGAACUUCAGGUUUCUUUUUCUUCCUUUUUUUGAAAUUUUUUUCCUGAGCCUUUUGUUUUACCGUAUGUUGUAAACUUUUAUGUUAAAGAAAAAAAUAUACAUUUACAAAUUGUGAGAUUUUUAAGAGAAAUUUUCUACGAUGUAUGCUGGCUUAUUUUUUAAUUUAAAAUAGGGUUUCGGUCGGCACUGGUGGGAACGAGGUGCUUCUCUCCCCUCGCUCUUGGCUUUGAGGGUUGGGACUCGGUCCAGAAACUCUGGGAGCUUAAGAAUCUACUGAGUGUGUUUUGUUUUUUGUUUAUUACUUGGUUUUGUCGACUGACUUGCCUGGCGGGAUCUGCGGGUGCACCGAGGGGGCUGUGCCCAGCCGGCCUCGCGGCGUCCACCCCGCGUCUGGGCCUGCGUCCAGGACAAAGAGGCCUUGUCAGCCACCCUCCGUGCUCGGGGCUCCUGGGCGCCCACUGACCAGUUUGACCCUGGUUUGAAUAAAGAGAAGUGCAUUUGGAUUA